ACCCGCCUCCUGUGUCUCCCAGCCCUGCUCUGACGUGGGAGGUGAGGGGGGUGGGGGGUUGGAUGACUCACAGUGUUAUGAUGCAGUUCCACAACACACAGCUACAUUCACCCACAGACCGAGGUACAGACGAGAGACAACCUCUGGCCCCCCAGCAGCUGGCCACCUUUGCAGCCCCAGCCUUGAACCCCCCGACUACCCUCCCCCCCAUCCCCUUCCCAAUUGAAGGAGCGGAAAGAGAAGAGAGAAGAGUGAGCAGAGAGAUUGAGAGAGAGAGAGAGAGAGAGAGAGAUAGACGGAGAUCUCUGGAGCAGACCUCAAGGUGCCUUCUGUUUCUAUCUGGUUCACGUCUGGGGGGGCCCUGGCCGGGCAGCCCCCCCACAUUUCUCCUGCCCUGAAACACGGCUCUAGCCAACCUGCUCCGCUGCUUCACCUGCGACCGUCUGUGUGGGGGCUGCACAGCGCCAGCCCCGCCUGCCCGCCAGGGCAUCGUCCUCCAGCCCGUCAUGCCCAGUUGUGACCCUGGCCCAGGCCCUGCCUGCCUCCCCACCAAGACGUUCCGCAGCUACCUGCCCCGCUGCCACCGCACGUACAGCUGCGUCCACUGCCGCGCGCACCUGGCCAAACAUGAUGAGCUCAUUUCCAAGUCCUUCCAAGGGAGCCAUGGCCGAGCCUACCUGUUUAACUCCGUGGUCAACGUGGGCUGUGGGCCAGCUGAACAGCGCCUCCUGCUCACGGGGCUGCACUCAGUAGCUGAUAUUUUCUGCGAAAGCUGCAAAACUACACUGGGUUGGAAAUAUGAACAAGCUUUUGAGACGAGCCAGAAGUACAAGGAAGGGAAGUACAUCAUCGAAAUGUCACACAUGGUGAAGGACAACGGCUGGGACUGAGGGGCUCAGGCAGGCUGUGCCCUCCCUCCGCAUGCCCCACCCUCCCCACACCUGUCCCCUGGCCCUGCCAAGCAGUCCAUACCAGCAUGAGCACUGCCCCACCCCUGGGGGGAACCUGGCUCCCACAGACUCCUCCCCCGCCUCCACCCAUCACCCCUAGGCCCCUUUGGAACAGGGCUCUGGGGUACCCCAGGGGUGUUCAAGGCUCAGGAGUGGGCAGCAGUCAGGGAGAGACAGAACUGGGGCAAAGGGAUGAUUCUGGGUCCUUCUGGCCCCAAGGUCCUGAAAAUCGAGGCAAUGGCAGGGCGUAGACUCAGGCAAAGAGGACCUUGGGAGGAACGUGUUUGCUUCACCUUUUUUGAGUGAACAAAGGACCAACCUUGAGUCAUGGGGCUGGUAGAUGCUUGGCCACAGAAGAGCAGAUGAGAAAAGGCUUGAGCUGGAGUGAAAUUUUGGCCUCAGACACGGGGAGAUUCCAGAGUCUCUGAGGGUGAAGUUUCCCACCCCCGUUUGUAGGAGAAAGAAUUUGGGGGUGGAAGGAAAAAUCCCAAAUCCCAGGCCCUGGGAAAAAAAUAGAAGAAUUACAGGGGUUUCCAUUUCACUCCACUUGUUGAUCUUGGCACUAAUGAGGCACUUCGGAAUAUCUAACCUUCACCGUUGGGUGGGGUGGGGAAGCUGCCCCUGGAACAGCCCCACCCCCAGCUGGCCGUUUCCAGAGCGAGCAGUCCUUAUAGGCAUUCUCUGGGGUCCAGCCAGUGCUCCCUGGGACUCAGUCCCCUGGAGGGGAGGUGGGGAAUCAGUGCUGCGGGGUCAGGCUUCCUCGUGGCUGCCACCAGCGAAUGAAACUUUUGUAUGAUACCUAAAGUGUUUGGGUCUAUUUUUAAUAAAAAGGGCAACUGUGA